UGGAUGUAGUAGUCAGGGUUCCCAAGAAAAACAGAACAAAUAGGGGAAGAAGAGAGAGACAGAGACAAAGACAGAGAGACCCAGAGAGGAAGAGAGAUUGGUUUUAAGGGAUAGGCUCACACCAUUGGCAAGUCUGAACUCAGUAGAGCAGGCCAGUGGGCUGGAAACUCAAGCAGGAUUUCUAUGUUUCAAUCUUGAAGCAGAACUGCUUCUUUCAGAAAAUCUCAGUCUUUGCUCUUAUCACAUUUAACUGAGUGGAUGAGGCCCACCCACAUUGUGGAGCCUAAUCACCUUGACUUAAAGUCAACGGAAUAAAUCAUAGAAACCUUCACAGCAACAUCUAGAUUAGUGUUUGACCAAACAAGUCAGCAUCAUAGCCUAGUUAAGUUGACACAAAAUUAACCUUCAUAGCUGGAUAUAAGCACCCAGUAUUGACGGGCUCUGGCCUAACACACGGUGAUCGAGUAAACUUAAGCAGGUGUCUCAGGUAGGAAGCACGGCCACGUAUGUGUUCCCACCAUGCAGUGAGGAAAGUGAGGCAAGGCCAUAUUAACUGACCUGCCUGGGGCUCCCAGGUAAUUAGCGUCAAGGCUAGGUCUGGCUCCCAGUCUCCAGACUCCAAAUGCCCUGCUCUUUCGUCCCAGCCAUGCCACUGUCUGUGGCUGCUCCUCACUUUCCCUCUGCUCUGGAGCAGCUCAGGUGCUAAGCCCAAGCCUGCCAGGCUUGGGCCUUGCAGUGCUGUCCUGUUUUACCCUCCUAAUGAGAACAUUGAACUGUUCUUGGAAAUUCAUUUCUUUUUUUCUAGACUAUUCAGCAGAGCUAUAUUAGGGAUACUUAAUGCUAAAUCAUGCAAACUCCUAUGUCAGGAAUGGCCUCUCUUCUCUCUGGGGACAAAAAAAAUCACUAACCAUCCUGUGGCUCAAAGGUCCACAGAGGUCCAAGGCUUCUCUCUCCCUCUCUUCUCACAUGACCUGGUGGCCCAGGUUCAAGAACAAUUCCAUCAGGUCAGAGACUCUCUCUGGACCACUUGGUGGGGCAUAGUACUCAUCAACCAAGGAUCCCCAAAGGAAGCAGACCACUCGUGAAUUUCAAAAAUCAUGUCCCAACCAACUUCCCACGAAAGAGUGACCCUUGCUUAGCAAAGCCAAGCCAUACCCACUUGCGGGUUCAGACCUAGUGAGCACAUUUGGGCAACUGUUGGCCAGGAGCCAGUUUUACAUCAGGAACAAGUAGCAUCUUGGCAAAUCAUUUAUCCUAAUAGAAGAGUCCCUCAUAUUUGAAGGGGUCAGCGACAUUGGAGGAGAGGUGUGAAUCUCAAUGCUGGGUGAUGUCUACCUCUCAGAUUGUACAUUAGGAGCUAUAAUGAGGAGUGUGGACCAAGAAGCAAAGGAGUGGUUUGCCUGAUACCUCUGCAGGACAUCUGCUCUGUGGCCUGUACAGAAAACACCGUGCAACACCAGUGGGAGUGAAAUGUACUUGCCCCUCUUGGAGUGAGGGUUGCAGCUCUUAUGGGCAUGAAAGAGAAAUGGUGGGGGAUUGUCUCUUCCAGAGAGAGAUGGCUAGAAAAGCUUAGUGGAUCAUAGGUCAGUUCAGAUCAGAUCAAUUCCCCUCUAUGUGCCAGGGCCAGAGAUGAACAGAUGAACAAGACACAGCCCUUGUCUUCCCAGAACAGACCGACUGGUGGGGGAAAUAGAAAGAUAAUAUCAACAAGAUACAGUAAGUGCUAUGAGAGAGACAUACCCAGGGUGCCAUGGGAGCCUGGUGGAGGGACACCUCAUCACGAAAAGGGGUUGGGCUACGUGAAGGAAAUGACACUUGAGCUGAGUCUUUAAGUAUGAGCAAGAAUUUACUCAUGGAAGAAAGUUAGAAGAGCACUCAGGCUGGAACAACAGUGUAAGCAAAGGCCCAGAAGCAUGAACAGCAUGGGUGAGUUAAGGAAAUGAGCUGAGAGUUCAUAGGUCAGAAAGUAGGAAGAUAAGAGGGCAGGGAGCUAAGGCUGUUAGUGAGGGAGGGGCCAGGCUCUGUAUGCCAAACUAAUAAACAGGUUAGACUUUAUUCUAUAGGCUAUAAGGAGGCCCAGCAGGCAUUAAAUAGGGGUAUUACCUAUUUAUAGAGUUCCAAAUUGCAAUAGGUGUCAUUGAUUUCUGUAUGCCCACCUUUAAACUAUCAGGUUCCAGAGUGAUCUUUCUAAUGUACAAAUCCAAUGAUAUUGCAUGAAUGAAUCAAAAGAGUUAUUCAGGAACAAAGAGAAAGGUUAUCAAGCUGCACUAAAGAUUCAGCUGAGAUGAGAAAUCAUGAAUUUGCAGAGCCACCAACUUGCACUGCUGUGUCAUGUUCUCCAUGAUGGAGACAGAGUCAGAAUUUUGCCAUGUCAGACUCGAGAGUGAGGAGUGCUGGUGAGAGAGUAAUUUUGAUAACUCACCACAGUGGUGAAGGUUGGGUAAGAAGGAGCAUAGCAACAGCCCAGCACCCGAGUCCUGGCCUCGCUCUUUCCUCACGGAACAAACAACAUGAGCUUCAGUGCCCAGUCCACCUUCUCCAACUACUGGUCCCUGGGCUCUGCUCAGUCACCGGGCCACUGGGUCCGACCGGUCAGCAGCGCUGCCAGCGUCUGUGCAGGCGCCAGGGGCUCGGGCUCCCGAUCUUUGUGUCCCACUCCACUAGUGUCCGGCGUGGCUGGGGAUCCAGGAACCUGGGCGCCAGGAUGGCGGGGUCUGGUGGGUGUAGGGGGCAUCCAGGGAGAAAAGGAGACCAUGCAAGACCUGAAUGACCGCCUGGCCUCUUACCUGGAGAGGGUGAAGAGACUGGAGGCUGAUAAUAGGAGACUGGAGUGCAAAACCUGGGAAUGCCUGGAGAAGAAGAGACCCCAGGUCAGAGACUGGGGGCAUUACUUGAAGACCAUCGAGGACCUCAGGACUCAGAUUUUUGCAAGUUCUGUGGACAAUGCCUGUCUUAUUGCUGAUGACUUCAGAGUCAAGUAUGAGACGGAGUUGGCCAUGAGCCAGUCUGUGGAGAGUGACAUCCACAGGCUCCACAAGGUCACUGAUGACACCAGUGUCACCUGGCUACAGCUAGAGACUGAGAUCGAGGCUCUCAAGGAGGAGCUGCUCUUCAUGAAGAAGAACCACGAGGAGGAAGUAAAGGGUCUACAAAACCAGACUGCCAACUCUGGGUUGACAGUGGAGUUGGAUGCUCCCAGACCUCAGGACCUCAGCAAGAUCAUGGCAGACAUCUGGGCCCAGUAUGACGAGCUGGCUCAGAAGAACCAAGAGGAGCUGGACAAGUACUGGUCCCAGCAGACUGAGGAGAGCACCACAGGGGUCACCUCGCAGACCGCUCAGAUAGGAGCUGCUGAGAUGACACUCACGGAGCUGAGACGCACUCUCCAGUCCCUGGAGAUCGACCUGGACUCCAUGAGAAAUCUGAAGGCCAGCUUGGAGAACAGCCCCCGGGAAGUGGAGGCCCGCUAUGCCAUGCAGAUGGAACAGCUCAAUGGGGUCCUCCUGCACCUGGAGUCGGAGCUGACCCAGACCUGAGCACAGGGGCAACGCCAGACCUAGGAGU